AUGGACCCAAAAAUUGUCGACAGCGACGGGGACGAUAGUGAUGGCGUCGGGGUUCCGCUCCCGCCAGACGAAGAUGAGGAUCCACCAGACAACUCCCCAUACCCUCAGGUCCGGGCGUCUGUUGCACCAUUUGACAACACAACCCUGUCCAUAGCAACACCCCGAAUGUGGACGCUCAGCGUCUUGUUCUCCAUUCUUGGGUCAUCAACAAAUCUUUUCUUUUCAUUGAGAUACCCCAGUGUGUCCAUCACACCAGUCAUAGCAUUACUACUCGUUCACCCUCUCGGCCUGUUGUGGGACUUAGUCCUCAAGCGUCGAGAUGAUCCCCAGGAAGACUUUCUUGAUGGUGUUCUUACCGUCGGCCAGCGGCCUUCGACUCCUUCGGCCGACGGCAUUCCGGUCUUGAGGUCGACGCCACGGGGAAGACUCGGGCGCCUCCGGCUCUGGCUCGCACAGGGCCGAUGGAACGAGAAGGAGCAUGCCUGCGUCUACGUCAGCAGCAAUGUCUCCUUUGGCUUCGCCUUUGCCACCGACGUGAUCGUCGAGCAGACACAGUUCUACCACCAGGAGGCCAGCAUCGUCUACCAACUUCUCCUGACGCUAUCCACGCAAAUCUUGGGCUACGCUUUUGCCGGCCUCACCAGGCGUUUUCUCGUGCGGCCGAGCGGCAUGAUCUGGCCCAGCACGCUGAUGUCUGCGGCCAUGUUCACAACGCUCCACAAGGAGGAGAACAAGCCGGCAGAUGGGUGGCGCAUCAGCCGGUGGAAGUUCUUCUACAUCGUCUGGACCACGGCAUUCCUCUUCUACUUCUUCCCGGGCCUGCUGAUGCCAGCCCUCAGCUACUUCAACGUCUUGACCUGGUUCGCACCCAAGAGCGUCGUGGUCGCAAACCUGUUUGGUGUCAGCUCCGGCCUGGGCCUGUUUCCGGUGACGUUCGACUGGGCCCAGAUUGCCUACAUCGGGAGCCCCCUGCUCACUCCUUUCUGGGCCGCGGUGAACGUGUUUGGCGGCCUGGUCAUUGUCAUGUGGAUUGUGGCCCCGAUUGCUUACUAUAGCAAUUGGCUGUACUCGUCCUACAUGCCAAUGGUGUCAGCGGCCGUCUUUGACAACACGGGCAAGGUCUACGACGUGAGCAGGAUCCUGACCAAGGACUUUGUGUUUGACCGGGCAGCAUAUCGCAACUACAGCAGGGUGUUCUUGCCAGUAACGUAUGUUCUCAGCUACGGUGUGCAGUUUGCCGGGCUCGCCGCACUGCUCACCCAUACCGCAUGUUGGCACGGUAAGGACAUCAUGAACCAGUGGAAGCGCUCGCUGCAAGAAGCCAGCAAGGAACCGCAGCAGGCUGCGUACCAACCACUCUCAGACGAACCAGCGGACCUCCGCAGAAGGACGUCACAGGAACAGGGCACCAGACAGCGCCGAAGCCUCCCCAAUUUCAAUCCUGAGGACCUGAUGAUGCGGGAAGAUGUGCACAACCGGCUGAUGAAGAGGUACAAGGAUGCGCCGAUGACGUGGUACCUGCUUACUUUUGUCACGAUGUUGCUGGUGGGCAUCUUUGUCGUGGAAUACUACCCGGUGCACCUCCCGUGGUAUGGGUUGCUACUCGCCCUGGGAAUCUGCACGAUCCUCUUCAUCCCCAUCGGCAUCAUCAUGGCGGUCACAAACCAGCACAGCAGCAUCUACCUCAUUUGUCAGCUCGUCUGUGGUGCUGUCUUCCCCGGGCGACCGGUUGCGAACAUGGUUUUUGUCACGUACGGAUACAUCUCGUCUGCCCAAGGCGUCAAGUUCGCGGCAGACCUGAAGCUGGGCCACUACAUGAAGAUCCCACCACGCAUCCUCUUCUGGGUCCAGAUGGUGGCGACCAUCAUCUCAUCGCUGACACAGAUUGGCGUGCUCAACUGGAUGUUUGCCAACGUUCCAGGCAUCUGCACGAGCGAGGCGAUCAACGGCUUCACCUGUCCGCUGGCGCGAGUGCACUUCAACGGCUCCAUCCUGUGGGGCGUGGUCGGUCCCAGCCAGUUCUUUGGAGUUGGUGCAACGUACCGACCACUCGUCUGGUGCUUUCUGAUCGGCGCGAUCGCACCCAUCCCGCUGUACUUGUACGCCCGCAACAAGAAGCACAGCAUCGUGCGCAAGAUCAACCUGCCGGUGCUCUUGGGGUCGCUGAGCUGGAUCCCGCCUGCGACAGGUCUGAACUUCUCGGUGUGGGCGCUUGUGUGCUACAUCUUCAACUACCUCAUCAAGAACCGCGCACAGGCAUGGUGGGCUAAGUACACCAUGACCCUAAGCGCGGCGCUUGACUCUGGUCUGGCGUUUGGCAUUGUGGUCGUCUUCUUCGGCUUCAUCUACCCCGGCGUGACCAAGAACUUCAAAUGGUGGGGUACAGAGGUCUACAAGCAGGGCUGUGACUGGCAGGCCUGUUCCUACAAUACUGUGCCUGAGGGGGGCCACUUUGGGCCUGAUACUUGGUAA